AGGAAGACAAUGGUGCAACAAGGCGUUCAGACCCAGGCUGGGAUGCUGUUUGUGGCUCUCUGUCUGCACAUGGGAGCAGCUACUGCAGGCAUGCUGAAAGUUGACAUGACCUCGGAUGGCAAUGGGGGGGGCGGGGACACCAUCAGCCACUCCCUGACCCUGGUGCAGCGUCUGGAGGCGCUGCUGAUUCAGGGGAACGGCAGUGACCUGUCUCUCCGGGUGGAGACCCCCAGCGCGGACGAGGUGAAGGUGAUCCAGGCUCACUCUCUGGUGCUGUCCCUGCAGAGCCCCGUGUUCGAGGAGAUCCUGCUGAGCCGCAACAGCAGCAAGCUGGUCCUGAAGGAGAGCUCCGACUGUGCAGCUGUGUUUGAUAAGUUCAUCAGGUAUCUGUAUUGCGGAGAGAUUUCACUGCGUCUGGACCAGGCCACCCCUUUACACAAGCUGGCCACUAAGUACCAAGUGACAGGCCUCCAGCAGGGCAUCACCCAGUACAUGACCCAGAAUCUGGCCCGGGAGUCCACCUCAGGCCACGUGGCGGGAUGGUAUGAGUACGCCGUGCAGGCCGGGGACGUGACUCUGAGGGACAGCUGCAUUCAGUUUAUGGCGUGGAACCUAUCGUCGGUGUUGCAGAGCGGGGAGUGGGUGACCAUCAGCAGCCAGCUGCUCAUGUCCCUGCUUCAGCGGUCAGACCUGAUCCUGCAGAGCGAGAUGGAGCUCUUUGCCGGGCUAGAGGCCUGGAUUAUUCAGAAUGAGCCGGACGGUCUGACAGCGGAGAACGCUUUGAGAGCGGUGCGUUACGCCAUGAUGCCGCCACGAGAGCUCUUCCGCCUGCAGACCCAGUCGGCCAUCUUGGCUCGCUAUCAAGAGUCGGUGCGCGACCUGCUCUACAUGUCCUACCAGUUUCACUCUGCGUCACCAAUGCAAAUGGCCAAGUACUUUGAUGUGAACUGUAGCCUCUUCAUGCCUAGGAACUACCUGUCCCCAGUGUGGGGGUCUCCCUGGAUCAUCAACAACCCCUCACGAGACGAUCGGAGCACCAGCUUCCAGACGCAGCUAGGGCCCAGCGGGCACGACUCCAGCAAGCGGGUGACCUGGAACGCCCUGUUCUCGCCGCGCUGGUUACCCCUCAGCAUGAGGCCGAUGUACACAGAUUCGGGCGCCAUGCAGCCGACACGUGUGGACGGAGGUCGCCCUCGCAUCAUUAUCACGCCGGCCACGUCCAGCGCAGAAUUCGCCGGAGUUAACUUCCAGAAGACGGUGAUUGUGAUGGCUCAGCAGCAGGGGAAGGUGGUGGUGAAACACGUCUACAACUUCCACCAGAGCACGGAAGAAAAUGGGGAUUUCUUGGCUGAAGCCGACCUGUACCGCCGGACGUCUGAAUACCUCAUCGACAGCUCCCUCUUCCUCCAUAUUGUGGUGAAACCUCUGUACCAAAGCCUCAUAACCAGCAAGAACUGACCCUCUACCAAACACAAUCCAACCAUGUGAAGCAACAUCUCAUAUCACAUCGUGGGGAUCUGAAACCUCU